CAGAGCCGCGCGACGGCGGGGCGGCCAUGGGCGUCUGCCAGUUCUUCCUGCGGGGCUACUGCCGCUUCGGGGACCGCUGCUGGAACGAGCACCCCCGCGGCGGCGCAGGCCGCCCCGGGGCCCCCCCGGCCCACGUUACUAGCGGAAGAGGAGGAGGAGGAGGGUGGGGUACCUCUAACCAGAGAUACAGUAACGUUAUCCAGCCGUCUUCAUUCAAGUCUGAUACAUGGGGUGGCAGCAGAGAUCAUGGAAGAGGAUUCUUUGGCUCCUCUGACUUUGGAUCAUCAAGUGGCAGCAGCAGAAAUGCAGACUUUUCACAGAACAGGUUCUCUGCCUUAGCCAACAGUCAAAGUGUUGCUGAGGGCUCCAAAGAUGAAGAGGAGAGACUUCUUGAAUGUGUAGUGAAAGACAUGGAAAUUUGGGAAUCUUCUGGACAAUGGAUAUUUUCAUGUUACUCACCAAUGAAAGAAAAACUGAAUGUCUCAGGCUUUUCAGAUGUCUCACCAGAAGAGCUGCGUCUGGAGUAUUAUGACAGCAGAGCAAACAAUAUCGUUGGGAAUUAUAUAGAUGCUGUCCAAAAGUUAGCACUACAAUGGAAAAAUCGGCUACUUCAGUUGAAAGCUUUAAAUGCAUCAACAAAAGCAGCUUUGGUAAGUGUUCACAAAUGGCAACAUGUCUCUGUGCCUGAUGUCAUUUUUUCUGAAGAGUGGCAACAGUUUGAAGCAAAGGAGUUCACAAUUGGAAAGAUUCCUCUUAAGCCACCACCAUUAGAACUUUUAAAUGCUUUCGACCUUUUAAGUUUAUUCAGAAGUAACAUGUUUUGAAAUUAAACAAAAUGCUACUGUUAACUUUUUACAUUUUACAUUUUAAAAUUUACAUUUGAGAAAUGACCUGUUGUAAAUAAAAUGGAACAUUUCCUUCUAUUUGUUGUCCUGUGAAAUUUUAGGGAAACACUGUAUAUAAAAAAAUUGUGUUAAAAUAAACAGUACUUCAGUCAAG